AGGUGCUGCGUACAUGACACUGUAGAACCGUCGACGCACGUUUUACAGACGAAGGAAACUGCUGGAGUUGGGUCUGUGAUAUACGAAGAGUUUUUCAUUGUUUUGCGCCACCAAGAUGAAUAAAAAAACGUUGGGAAAGCUCAGCAUGGAUUCGCUCGCUUCUAAAUUAACAGAAGGGGAAACAGAACAGCUUUAUGGCUUGCUGGGGAAUGUGGAACUGUCUCUUCUCUACAAAGCUUCAGUUCAUGGAUAUCAAGCUUCUGCCUUUCACCAGCGAUGUGACCUUCAGGGUCCCACUUUACUUGUAGCCUUCAACCGUUCAGGCUACAUCUUUGGUGGAUACACCAGUGUAGAUUACGCUCAAAGUGGCCGGCAUAUUACAGAUAAAAAGGCUUUCCUGUUCAGUUUUGAAGAAGAAAUGCUGCUCUGCAAUAAAGUGAAAAGUGGACAUUUUGCACGUUUUGAUGAUAAUAAAGGGCCCAACUUUGGUCAACAGUUGUACUUUUGCUACAACAACCAGCCAGUUGUGUAUCAUCAAAGAGGGAAUGCAUUCAGUUUUGAUGCUGAGACAGUGUAUGGAAACAACACUGAGCUGAUUGAAUGUGAGGUGUACAAAGUCCAACACAUCCUUCAGGUCAUGGAGAAACCAUGGAGGAACAUUCUGUGGACAGCUGAUCGAAGAGCACAGCUCAUGGAAAAGAUCAGGGAUCAGAAACCCCUGACGACAUCUGUCAGUCGCUUUCGAAUCCUCAUGAUUGGUCCUGUAGGUGCUGGAAAAUCCAGUUUCUUCAACUCCAUCAACUCCAUCUUCAUGGGCCGCAUUACCAGCAAAGCCAUGUCGGGAUCUACAGGCACUAGUCUCACCACACAGUUUCGCACAUAUCCAGUGAAAGACGGUCGUGAGGGAAAGCUGUUGCCAUUUGUGUUGUGUGACACCAUGGGACUGGAGGAGCAAUCAGGUGCAGGACUGGAUAUUGAGGACAUCAGCAGCAUUCUUCAAGGUCACAUACCAGACCGCUAUAAAUUCAACCCCAUCACCCCAUUUCAACCUGAUGAGCAAAAGACCUCCAGACAGGAGAAGAUCCACUGUGUGGUGUACGUGAUAGACGCCACCAAAAUUUCCCUGAUGUCUGAAAAACUACAGGAAAAGCUCACCACCAUACGCAGAAAAGUGAACUCACUGGCCAUUCCCCAGAUGGUUUUGAUGUCAAAAGUAGAUGAAGCAUGUCCUGAGGUGGAGAAAGAUCUUCAAAGCCUUUAUGUCAGCUCCUACAUCAAGUCAAAGGUUCAGGAGGUGAGCUCUCGGUUGGGUGUGCCGGUGUCUUGUGUGUUACCGGUGAAGAACUACAGUCAGGAGCUGGAGCUGGAGCUCAACUGUGACGUCCUGCUGCUCACCGCUCUACAGCAGAUGCUCAACUUCGCAGACGACUAUCUGGAUGAUGUCUGUCCCAUGGAGGAGGACCAACCUAAAUAAAGCGCUGUCUAUUAUAGAUGGGGAUAUUCACCUCUUGAUCAGCACAAAUAAGACAUCUUAAGUUAGAAGAUUGUUAUUCAGUUCUGUUUACCUGAUUUUUCAUAAAAAUUCAUUCAAGAAAAUGCAAACAAGGUACUUAUUAGCUGCUUGUUUAUGGUUGUUCCAUGAUUAGAUUUAUUGGUUAUAGCAAGAAUUAUGUGUUAGGACUGCAAAUUAAAAAACAUGGAGAAUAUAAUAUGCUUAAACUGCAUAAGCAUUAUUCAAAAAAGGCUUCUUUUGCUAAAUGGGCCAUUUUUUUUGGUUGUGUUAAAGUGUAAAGGUUUCUUUCAAAAGUUAAAAUAAAACUGAA